AUGAGCGCCUCCAGGUUCAUAAAGUGCGUGACAGUCGGUGACGGUGCUGUCGGCAAAACCUGCAUGCUGAUUUCCUACACCAGCAACACCUUUCCUACGGACUACGUGCCGACUGUUUUCGACAAUUUCAGUGCUAAUGUUGUUGUGGAUGGAAGCACUGUCAACUUAGCACUAUGGGAUACAGCUGGGCAGGAGGAUUACAAUAGAUUAAGGCCCUUGAGCUAUCGAGGGGCAGAUGUCUUUAUCCUCGCUUUUUCUCUCAUAAGCAAAGCCAGCUAUGAAAACGUUGCAAAAAAGUGGAUUCCUGAACUGCAGCAUUAUGCACCCGGCGUUCCAAUAAUUCUGGUUGGAACAAAGCUUGAUCUUCGGGAUGAUAAACAAUUUUUUAUUGACCAUUCUGGUGCAGUUCCCAUUAAUACUACUCAGGGAGAGGAAAUGAGGAAACUAAUUGGAGCACCAGCAUACAUUGAGUGUAGCUCAAAAACACAACAGAAUGUGAAGGCUGUUUUUGAUGCGGCCAUUAAGGUUGUGCUCCAGCCGCCAAAGCAAAAGAAGAAAAAGAGAAAGGGACAAAAGGCUUGCUCCAUAUUGUGA